AGGAAGUAUUGCGCUUUAACCUGCUUAGGCAUCCGCCAGCUGUGCUCAGUUCAAUCCACACGCACCCCCCACCCCCCCCCGCCAUCGUUCCUUUACUGCGGCUAUAGGGUCUCUGGCCAGCCCACAGCAGGAGAGAAGCAGUGCAGGUUUAUUCUGUGUUCAGCAGCGUGUCUUUUUGUAUUGAAUUUGAAAAUGCCUGAAGGACCUGAACUCCACUUGGCGAGCAGGUUUGUUAACCGGGCCUGCAGUGGCACUGUGUUUUCAGGGCAAGUGGAAAAAUCUGCAGUGAGCAAAAACUGUGAUGUGCCUUUCAAGUGUGAUGCCUACCUCAUCUCUGCAGUGUCAAGAGGGAAAGAGGUCAAGCUGACUCUUACCCCCAUCAAAGAGGAGGAUGGGAAGGAGGACGUUAAGUCGAACGUGGCGGGGCACGAGAACAAGCUGCCUGCGCCAAUGGACAUCAUCUUCCGCUUUGGAAUGUCUGGGUCCUUCAAGCUGACAACUGAGGAAGAGAUCCCAAAGCACGCCCAUCUCAAAUUCUUCACCAAAGAGGAGCCGACGCAGGUGUUGUGCUUCGUUGACCCGAGGAGAUUUGGGAGUUGGGAGGUCAAUGGGACCUGGCAGUUGGACAGAGGGCCUUGUGUGCUGCUUGAAUACGAGAAGUUCAGGUCAAAUGUGCUGUCAAACCUAUCCGAUAAAGCCUUUGACAAGCCAAUCUGCGAGGUGCUAUUGAAUCAAAAAUACUUCAGUGGCAUUGGGAAUUACCUCCGAGCAGAGAUUCUAUUCAGGCUGAAAGUUCCUCCUUUUGAAAAGGCGAGGACUGUGUUGGAACCUUUACUGCACAAAGAAACGACUGCUGAGUUGACUCUGAGUAAGAAGGUGAAGAUGAAGCUGGAGAAUCCUGACCUUCUUGAACUUUGUCACCUGCUUCCCAUGGAAGUCAUUAAUUUGGGUGGCAAGGGUUACGACCCAGAGCAUUCGGACGAUUCUUCUGCUUUUCAAGAGUGGCUCCGCUGCUAUUACGUUGACGGGAUGCAGUUGCUACGUGACAGUAAUGGAAGAACCAUCUGGUUCCAGGGCAGCCCAGGACCAAUGGCACCGAGAGGAUCCAAAGCUCCCAAACCCAAGUCGCGGAGAAGAAAAGCAGCAGAUGAGAAUGGAAAAGAGGCUUCAACACCCAAGGAUUCUGAAUCCAGGAAAGGGAAGGCGACAUUGGAGCAGCAGAAGGCCCCAAAGACCCCAAGGGAUCGUUCCCAGAAGCAGCCCCGGAGCGCCAAGGCAGAGGCAAAGCAGGAUGCGGAGGUGUCGCAGACAGGCGAGGGGACGAGGAGGACCGCCAGCCGCAGUCGGAAGAAAAGGGCAGCAGGACCACCGCCCCUUGCAGCAGCUCCACAAGAAUCCGAAAUCACAAACAAGCGACCCAGAAAAUCCAGGACUAAAUCGAGAAAGGGGCAUCAAGCGUCGCUCUAAGGAACAAAUCAUCGAGAAUCUUUGGAUUAAAGUGGUUUUAUUACGCUACAGGCAUAAAAGGAUUGGAUAGAGAGGAGCAGAGUGAGCGGACAAUGUCCACAGGCAUUUGGCUUUUGGGCCCAAUCCCCAGGAGGUUGCAGUGUUUAGAACUCAUCGGGCAGAAUUUUACGACAGGGGGAUUUUACGUUCCCGCUGAAGCCAAUGGGGUUUAGAAUGUCUCGCCACAUUUUACAGCCCCCUCCCCUCCGAAACGGGGCUGUAAAACUCUGCCCAAUGUUCCUGCAGCAUCCUGUCUCUUCUGCCUUGGAACACACAAAUUAAGAUAAACCUCAUUAAGUAAAUUGUAUUUUUAAAUGUAGGCCCAGUUUUUUUUUACCUGAAAUAA